CUAGUACUUCAAUAACAUCUGCCAAAAUCCAAGUGAAUGGAGUCCACCUGCAUUACCAGCAGACAGGAGAAGGAAGCCACGCAGUUCUUCUGCUUCCCGGAAUGCUAGGGAGCGGUCAAACCGAUUUUGGACCACAGCUCAAGUCUAUGAAUAAACAACUUUUCACAAUUGUUGCUUGGGAUCCUCGGGGAUAUGGACAGUCCAUUCCUCCAUCUCGAGACUUUCCUCCAGAUUUCCUCGAGAGGGAUGCAAAAGAUGCUGUGGAUCUUAUGCAGGCACUGAAAUUUAAGAAGUUCUCUUUGCUGGGGUGGAGUGAUGGUGGAAUUACAGCUCUCAUCGCAGCCGCAAAGUAUCCAACUCUCAUCCACAAGCUGGUUGUCUGGGGAGCAAAUGCCAGCGUUACUCAAGAGGAUGUGAGAAUUUAUAAUGGCAUCCGAGAUGUUUCAAAAUGGAGCGAAAAGGUCAAGAAACCACUGGAAGAGAUGUAUGGAUAUAAGUACUUAGCAAAAACCUGUGAGGCUUGGGUGGAUGGAAUAUCUCGCUUUGCUGAAAAACCAGAUGGUAGUAUCUGCCAACAGCUGCUGCCAGAUAUUAAAUGCCCCACAUUUAUAAUUCAUGGUGAGAAAGACCCUUUGGUUCCACAAGCUCAUGCAGAAUACAUUCAUAAGCACAUCAAAGGCUCUCGGUUUCUUCUGAUGCCAGAAGCAAAGCAUAAUCUACACCUGCGUUUUGCAGAGGACUUCAACAGGCAAGUGGAAGAUUUCCUACGCUGACUUAAACUGUAAAACAAGUUGGAGGUGUUUGUCCUUGACUUGCUUAGGAAUUUAAUUGGCCUUCCAUUUUCAUUCAAGUUGCAGCUAGGUUUGAGUCCUAUAAGGAAAAACAUGAAAGAUAUUUGUGCGAGAAGCAUACCUUUUGAGAAUAUUUAAGCUUCAGUGGAUUUGAGCACACCACUCUGCUGCAAGAUCUCUGACGCGUCUUUAAGCUUCCUUCUUGCCACACAGCCUAAAGAGCUGUUCUAUGCCCAAUAAAGAUGUUAAGAAAGACAGAAAACAUGAUCUAGAAUACAUGCCUUUAUGUGCUCUUAACAUUAAAGGACAAAAA